AUGCACACCCGUCUUUUGGUUCGGGACGACGUCUCCAACGCAGCACAUGUUGCUGUAGCUGCAUACGUCGACGACGCUCAAGAUGCAUACAUCUACCCCAAGCGCCACGAGUAUCCUUUGAGAUAUCUGAAAGUCAAGACCGACAUAAUUCAGCACAGCUUGGAGGACUCCAUAGCACUACCGAUUGUUGCUGUUCUCGAGCCUAACGAUGAAGGGUGGAACGGCACUCCAGAAAUCAUGGGCUUCUGCAUCUGGUAUCGCGAAGGCGCCGACCAAAAUGAGGAAGAAGCGCAGAACCGUGAUGCUCAGAAGAAAAAGCCAUGGAUAUCAAGACUCAAAGAACGCAUCCUAGACUCCGAUGUCGUGGACUACAUCCGAGACGUCCGCAACCCGAUCGUCGACGCUUCCCACGCCCGGGCUGUAGCCGAAACCUGUAGCAGGAGCGACUCACAGCGCUGGAUCGAAGACGGGUACCAAAAGCCCGAACAGUUCUACGGAAUCAUGGACGUCGCAGUCGAUCCCAAGUUCCAGCGGCGAGGGGUGGCCCGCAUGCUGUUGGAGUGGGGCAUGGCGAGAGCGGAGAAGGAGAACGUGCCGGUUCACCUGUCGGCGACGCCUGCGGGGGCGCCGCUUUACAGGAGCCUUGGUUUCCGUGGUGUCGGGAAGUGGACGUGGCGGCCGAACCAGGAGGCGGAGUGGGAGAUAAUGCGCUGGGAUCCUCCACGUUCUGGUCUCGGUCAGACUGGACGAAGUGCCGCGUAG